GGCGCGCGCGCCCCCGCGGCCGGUGCGCGUUCGCUGAGGGGCGGCUGUGGGGGAACAAUUCGGGAUGGGGGAUCGGACACUGCGGGAACACCUCGGGAUGCGGGAACACCUCGGGAUGGGGGAUCGGACACUGCGGGAACACCUCGGGAUGCGGGAACACCUCGGGAUGGGGGAUCGGACACUGCGGGGACACCUCGGGAUGGGGGAUCGGACACUGCGGGGACACCUCGGGAUGGGGGAUCGGACACCGCGGGAACACCUCGGGAUGGGGGAUCGGACACUGCGGGGACACCUCGGGAUGGGGGAUCGGACACUGCGGGGACACCUCGGGAUGGGGGAUCGGACACUGCGGGGACACCUCGGGAUGCGGGGACACCUCGGGAUGGGGGAUCGGACACUGCGGGGACACCUCGGGAUGCGGGGACACCUCGGGAUGGGGGAUCGGACACUGCGGGGACACCUCGGGAUGCGGGGACACCUCGGGAUGGGGGAUCGGACACUGCGGGGACACCUUGGGAUGGAGGGACUCCGGUCUCCUCGGGGGGACACAUCCAGUUCACGUUUGAGAGGAGAAACCUGGAAAUUUAUUGGUUUUUCUUUCACUCCUGACCACAGCUGCACUUCACUUUUUCCCACUGCCUUAUGAAAUGUGAGAUCAAGCUUUGCACAACCCAGCAUUAUACAGGAGAUGACAAGGGACACAUCCAGUCGUAAAUCCAGCCCUUUCUGUACGGAAUCACGCUUCCGUUUUGCCUGGAGCACUGUCAAAGCUGGGAAUUCUCCCUGCCAGAACACUUAAAGACUUUCCUCAACAUCAAAACAGUCAUUCAUCUCUUUGUAUGGUCAAAUAAUGCUCCAACUUGUUCCAAGAUCGAAGGAGCAGCACAGGAAUUCAGUGUAAAUCACAGUUCUCCCUGCUAGGACUGAGUUCAUCCUCCCAGGAAAGGGAAUUCCAGCUUGGCAGAGGACAGGACUUAAACCAGCAUCGACUUUGUUAGGCCAGUGUGCUGCUUGCAUGUUUUAUAUAGAUAUUUUAUAUACAUAUAUAGAUAUAUAUAGAUAUCUUAUAUCUAUAUAUACAUAGAUAACGUAUAAUUAUACAUAUUACAUUAUAAUAUGUGCAUAUAAAUGGUAUAUAAUUUAUUACUGUAUUUACAUACAUUUCGAUGUUUCCAUAUAUAUACUUACUAUAUAUACUUACUAUACUUUAUAUAUAUAUAUGUUAUAUAUAUAUAUAUUAUAUAUAUAUGUAUGUAAUAUAAAUGUAUGUAUGUAUGUAAUAUAUAUACACACACAAAUAUAGGUACAGCCCUUGUGUCACAGCA